GACGACUAGCGUGGCCUUGGCGUCUUUUUUCGCUUGAACAGCGGGUGAGUCGCGAACGACGCAAUAGACACACACGCAACUGCUUCACCGCGCGCACGCCACUCUCACCUUCUGCAGUAGACCAGGCAGAACACCUCCGCGACUACUCAUCCUUGAACUAUCGCCCGGCGCGACUUCAACGACCCCUCAUCAACCUACCUCGAUCCACCCACAACCUCCGCAUUCGCGUACGAUUCGUCUGCCACUCGCAGCACCACUCACUACCUACCUCUUAACGCCUUCUACCACAAUCACAAUGGCUGACGUUGCCACCGCACCGAACCCUUCUCAGCAGGUCCCUCUGGACACCAUCCCCAUCUCGCCUGUUGAUGGCAACUCAACGUCCGAGGGCCAGGACAAACCCUCGACCAGCGCAAACACAGACGACAGCGCCGUCAAGACCGUCUUCCACGACCCCGAGAACUUCAACGUCAAGCACCCGCUCAUGAACACAUGGACGCUGUGGUUCACCAAGCCCCCAAGCGGCAAGGGCGAUAACUGGGCUGAGCUGCUGAAGGAGGUCAUCUCGUUCGACUCGGUCGAAGAGUUCUGGGGCAUAUACAACAACAUCACACCCACAUCUGACUUGGCACUCAAGUCCGACUACCACCUCUUCAAGAGCGGCGUUCGCCCUGAGUGGGAAGAUUCGCAGAACAAGCACGGCGGCAAGUGGGCGUUCCAGUUCAAGGACAAAAAGGCCAUUAACAUCGACGCACUCUGGCUCCACGUUAUGCUCGCUGCUAUCGGCGAGAACCUUGAGGACGAGGAGGACAACGAGGUGAUGGGUGUGGUGGUCAACGUUAGGCGAGGGUUCUACCGUAUUGGUCUGUGGACUCGCUCCGUUGGCCGCGCUGCCGGCAGCAGGACACAAGAGCAGGGCAAGGAGACCCUCCAGAAGAUCGGCAAGCGAUUCAAGCAGGCUCUUCAGCUCAAGGACAAUGAGCCCGUCGAGUUCUCUGGUCACACGGACGCCGCCCACUCUGGUAGCACUCGUGCCAAGGCCAAGUUCACCGUCUAAGCAUUUGCACAACGUGGAGACGACUAAGUGUGAUAAUGUCAAGCAGAGGCUCGCCACUGCGAUUUCUCUGUUCAGAACGCUCAAGCGCAGUCACAGCUAGGCUGCGCUCAAGCGUGAUUUACUACCCGGUUUACCCAAAAGCAUUUUCACGUACCGAUGAUGAUAACGGGAUUGGGUUUCUAGCAUGGCGUCUGCAUGGAGCGGCGAUGGGUCAUCUUGGGGUCUAACAUGGUUUAUGGUCAGGGCGGGUGAUGCAAAUCGGGCAGUACGCGGGUUUGGGAUGCAAGUUUGAUAGAUGUGAGCUCUUUUACUUGACAGACGUUUCGAAUGAGAGAGUAUGAAGAUAUGACAUUCGCG